AUGGGUUCGGAGACAAGUGGCAAUUCAAAUAACAAAUCAGUAGUAGUUUUGUCUAAGCUGGCUACUAACGAACAACAUGGAGAAAAUUCGCCAUAUUUUGAUGGGUGGAAAGCAUACGAUAACGAUUCUUUCCACCUCGUGAAUAACCCAAAUGGGGUUAUUCAAAUGGGUCUUGCUGAAAAUCAGCUUUCUGUUGAUUUGGUUGAAGAGUGGAUUAUGAGAAACCCAAAUGCUUCCAUUUGCACAAAUGAAGGGAUUGAAUCUUUUAGGAGAAUUGUCAACUUCCAAGAUUAUCAUGGCUUGCCUGAAUUCACAACUGCAAUAGCAAAAUAUUUGGGAAAAACAAGGCAGGGUAAGGUUAAGUUUGAUCCAAAACGUGUAGUAAUGGCUGGUGGAGCCACUGGAGCUAAUGAGACUCUCAUAUUUUGUUUGGCUGAUCCUGGUGAUGCUUUUUUAGUCCCCUCACCUUAUUACCCCGGAUUCAAUAGGGACCUAAGGUGGAGAACUGGUAUACAACUUCUACCCAUUUCAUGCACGAGCUCCAACAAUUUCAAAAUUACUAUAGAAGCUGUCCAAGAGGCCUACCAAAAUGCCCAACAAGCAAAUAUCAACGUCAAAGGCUUGAUUUUGACAAAUCCUUCUAAUCCAUUAGGCACCAUAUUGGACAGGGACACGUUGAAAAAACUCUUGACCUUCACCAGCCAACACAACAUUCACCUUGUUUGCGAUGAAAUCUACGCGGCCACCGUGUUUGAUGCUCCACAAUUCAUGAGCAUCGCUGAAAUUAUUGAUGACGAUGAAAUAAGGAAUCAUUGUAUUAAUAAGGAUUUGGUACAUAUUGUGUCUAGUCUUUCGAAAGACAUGGGUUUUCCAGGAUUUAGAGUGGGAAUUGUAUAUUCGUUCAAUGAUGAUGUCGUUAAUUGUGCAAGAAAAAUGUCGAGCUUCGGUCUUGUUUCCACUCAGACGCAGCAUUUGCUAGCUUCCAUGUUGUCUGAUGGUGAAUUCGUUGAAGAAUUUCUCAUUGAAAGCGUGAAGAGAUUAAGGAAAAGGCAUGAGAAAUUCACCAACGGGCUUGAAGAAGUCGGAAUAAAGUGCUUAAAGGGCAAUGCGGGGCUUUAUUGUUGGAUGGAUUUGCGGCCGAUGCUGAAAGAACCAACAUUUGACGCUGAGAUGUCGCUAUGGAAACUAAUCAUAAAGGACGUUAAGCUCAAUGUUUCGCCUGGAUCUUCUUUUAAUUGCCCGGAGGCAGGGUGGUUUCGAGUUUGUUUUGCAAAUAUCGAUGAUCAAACCGUGGAGAUCGCGCUCGCUAGGAUUCGGAUGUUCGUGGAUGCUAAUAACAAUGUUAAUGAAAAUGGAGUCGUGAAGAACAAGCAGCAAUGGAAGAAGAACAAAUUACGAUUAAACUUCUCGAAUGGGAAGUACGAUGAAAAUGCUAUGAAUAUGAAUAUGAUGUCUCCUAAUUCUCCGAUUCCUAUCUCGCCGCUUGUACGAGCGAGGAACUAAAAGAGAAAAUUAGGGAAAUAGGAGAGAGAAUUGUUACUAUAUUAACAAAUAAAGUUACAAGCAAUAUAAGAUGAGAGUUGAAGGAGAAGAAAUUGAAGUAAUAGGAUACUGUUAUUCUUUUUUUGUAAUGAAGCCAUAUAUUGUUCUUAUAUGAUAGUAUUGUUCUAGUGUUGGACAAUAAAA